UAUAUUUUUGGUCGGGUUGACUUGAUGACGAGACGAUCCUUUCAUGUCGUCCAGUGAUGCUAAGCUGAGAUGAAAAGAAACAAUCAUAAACAAAGUACAGAAGGGUUUGGAUUAUACUUUUUUGCAUCACUUGCUGCGUUGGGCUGUUAACAUUCGAUACAGAGUAGCAUAAGCUUACUUCUGUUGUUAAGUGUUUCUACUAGGUAAGUUUUGCAUAGAAAUGAUCAGCAAAUCUGAGCACGUGUGAAUUCCUCGCAGUUCAUGGCUGGUGGAGUAUGUUGCCAGACUAAUGUGCAUACAGUUUCACAGACUGCUCCUUCUCCGGGAAUCUCCUUGAUACACACUUUGCCUCAUGAAGCUGAAAUCUCAAGUGUCUCAAGUACUGAUUCAUCAAGUGGUCCUUCAAACUAUUCACGCAAUGUGCAGACCAAAUCUGGGCCUCUCAAAGAUGUACAUGUACCAACAAGGUUGAUGGAGAAUUUUCUGGAAAUCGCCAGCGACAACACUAAGAAGGAUAUAGAGACCUGUGGAUUUCUUGGUGCCAUCUUUAAAGAUGACAUCUUUUAUAUUACCUCUCUAAUAAUACCAAAACAAGAAUCAACCUCCAAUUCUUGUCAAGCCCUACAAGAGGAGGAAAUGUUUGCCAUACUACAUGAACAACCCCUCUUUCCAAUUGGAUGGAUUCAUACGCAUCCAUCUCAGAGCUGUUUCAUGUCAUCGAUCGAUUUGCAUACUCAAUAUUCUUAUCAGGUCAUGGUACCAGAGGCUAUUGGAAUUGUCAUGGCUCCUACCGAUACAUCAAGGGCAUAUGGAAUAUUCCAGCUAUCUGAUGGUGGAAAGAAAAUCCUCAAGGACUGCCCAGAGAAAGGAUUUCAUCUUCAUAAAGAACCAGUUGAUGGGAGUCCCCUCUAUGGGGAUUGCUCCAAUGUCUAUAUUAAUUCAUGUCUAAGACUAGAGAUAUUUGAUUUACGAUGAUUGGAUGAUGUAGCGUUAACAGGCAUUUAUGUCCAGGCUUCAUCUUGUUGAAAUAGCUAAACCAUCAAAACUUCGGGUACAAUUGUAAAUAAAAUAAGACUUUUCUGGUUUAAGAUACAA